AUGUUUGUAGAGGAGGAGGAGGAGGAGGAGGAGGAGGAGGAGGAGGAGGAGAAGGUGCUCCACACUUUGGGCUGGGUAUGACUGGCUGACCACGGCUAAUAAGCCAGAAAUGGUCAUUCCAAUCUCCCUUAUCGUUGUCGGUAAUGUUAUUCGGUCUAUAGUACGUGCCGCUGUGCGGCUGCUGGUUGGAGUCGAGAGAGAGCCCCGAGUGCGUUUCGUAAGACGAUCGAUGAGCGCCCUCCUACUACUUUCCUACUUCCCAAAUGCUUCCUGAAACUCACAUUUUCGUCCGCAUCAGAAACUUCCUUAUGGGGACCGUAAAGGGGGAGACGACAAGACGGGAGUUCAAAUCAGGGAACGCAACAAACAAGACAACGCUCUAUCUAGUACGCCGCGGGUUGGGCAGGCAAACCCUCACAGUAAAUUAGGCGCUCUCUUGAACGAAGAACAUGUGGGAUAGUGGCCACCUCCGAGUAGAUCAUCAAGUCAGACGCGCGGCACCUCAUCUCCGGACAUUAUGCUAGACGAGUUAUCCGGGAAUCGGAAGCUCCUCGAUAUCUUGUUGCUUUCCUACCAGAAUCCGCAAAAUGCAAAAUUUAAGCCUCAAAGUGGUCAGCAGCCAGAAAAGCAGAAGACCAGGCCGCAACGGCUAGAAAUGGUAGGACAAUAAUCCUAUUGUUAAAUCUGAGGACGGGGCUGGGAAUCAGAAAUUGUAGACUUGAAGGACAGACCAAGGGUUAUAAACGUGGAGAAGUGACGAGAACGCCUUUGUUUAUUUAAAUCUAACGCCCCUCGAAACCCCGGAAUACGUACAAAGCAGGGAGCCAGCAUGUGCAAAUAAUGUAGUCCACGAACUUCUGGAAUUGACACUCCUUAACUCCAUGCUGACCUCUACCAUCUCGUACCGCCCUGACCUUUAUCAGGAAUCGAAAAAUUUUAUGAAUAAUCUGUAUCCAGGGGCUAGGACGACCCCGUUCAGAUGACCGUUUCAUGGCUCGGUAACAUGCUGCGAAAUACUCAUCUAACAAACUCGUGUACAUAUUUGAGGCCUCAACUGCAUUCGGGGUUGCACUCAGAAAAUGCGCGUAUGACAAUGCUGAAAAAAAUAUCGAAAUUCCAGCACAUCUAGCCCACCGAAUGCAUUGUGUGCUUUCAAAAGAAUCGGGUGUUAUCGCUUGCGGUAAAGCCCUUCCUCUGGGCUAAGUUAGCGAAUAGAAAGAACAAACUUAGUUGUCUAGUUCUGGACCUUUUCAAAACCUCCCCGCUGCGGUAUUCGGCCAAAAGUAGUUUUGCUCGCUGUGGCGGUGAAAUCGUCUACGGAUGCGAAAAGUUGUUUUCGAGAAUUGGCAGCAGCUCGAAGGCAUUGGUUCAAUGGCAUUAGAAUUCGCGUAAACAGCUGACGUAUUACAUUGCAUGGUUUCGCCAUCUGAUGCUGUGUGCCGGCGUGUUUCUCGGUCUGUCACCGGGUUGCUUACGGGAAACGGAAAACCUCUACGCAUUAACCGCUAAGUCCUAUUGGUUGAUCCAGCCGAAAACAACAGCCACGUGCCGAGCCAACAACUUUAAAGUUGUCCACAAAUACCAAGCCAUCGACGCGGAUGAGAAAGCAAUGACCCAGCACAGACAAGUACUAGACACCGUUAGAUACGGGCAAUCCAGGUUAUGUACAUUUUUCUAUGUGUACGCGGAAGGUUCUUCUACAAGAUACUUCAGGCCACACCAUAUCCACAAGUUAGGAAUAGAGCUCGAUAUCUUCCUUCCUGGUUGGUUUCUCGCUCAGGACUUCAUCUGUACUAAGGUGGUCCGUAAGGAAAGCACACUGACCGAGGCCUAUAAUUUCGUGUCCUUUUUGGCGGUAGUACCAUUCGUAACGGAUGGCGUUCUCCGUGGUUAUACAUACUGUACUGGCGGGGGUUGCAACCAACCGCCAAGACACUUUCUUGCCUAGCGAACACGUAAAGUUUGUCUUAAAUUGUUGAACGCAACUGCUAUCCUAAGACAAGCAAUAAGCAAUCUACGAAAAGGAGUAAAUACUUGGACGGGGAGUUUAACACAGGUUGAGUGAAGAGCCCAGUUCUGUAGAUAUUUAUCGACUUCAACUAACUCGAUUACUGGGUUUUCCGUCCAGUCAAAAAAAUGUAACCUGCGUAAAGUGUGAAAGCUCCAGGCAUUCAUUAAUGCCUGCAGCUGCGGACUCGACUCGGGAUGACCGCGAUUCCGCCCGUCAAACGGUGUGCAUGCAAAACCCAGGCUGUCCGUAUCGGUUCGCUACCGCAGAAACUUUGGAGCCACGAAGGCGGUGCCUUGACAGCAAAUGAUAUCAAGUAAAGGAAGGUCACGUGACACUGACAGUAAAGAAGACCGCGAUGUCGCAUGCUCUGAUGAGCAAUCGCAUCAAAGGAAUCAAGUUAGGUUUUUAAAUGUGCUGAACUACCCAGACUCCAAAAUCAAAAUUUUCAACGUACUAUGGAUUUCUACUCACCGGCUUUUAUUGCCCACUUUCUACAUGAACAGCGGCGGAACCCACACGCACGUGGAUACAGCCAUAUUACUAGGCCUUGCACUAUGCGUAUGGGCAAGUUAAACAAGCAAUUGCCUACAGGAUAAAAAUAAAAGAGAAAGUUAGUAUCAGCAGUAAUUGCAUCUAUUGCAAAAUACUUCUAAGAAGUGAUCAAUAUGCUGCUAAUUGCGUAUUUUCUAAGUUUAUCGCGUCGGUGCUUGCCGUUCGUCUAUCUUAAGCGACUCCAGCAAGAUUAAUCCCUCUGUCUCUGGUACACACGCCGCGCUAGUUGUCGUGAUCGCAUGAUACUAAGUGCGGCGUGGGUUCCAGAGGUAGAAAGUUUAGUCUCGUUUGUGGUGCUACAACUCCUCCCACCCCCCUUCCCACCCCUCCGGCACCGAAUAGAUUAAGGGGUCGACAGUGUGUUCAAGGAAAAAAAGAAGGUUUGAAUCCAGUAUACAUGCGGUUUUGAAGGUGUUUUUGGUGAAAACAGGAGUUGACCGUAUUGCACGAGGUGAUGAGACUCCGAUCUGUGCAGAGGUGCAUUUGAGGCAUCAGCCAGAGUGUGCACUGAAGUGAGCUCUUCAACCAGCACCGAUUAGUGGGCACAUUUGGUAUGAUAAGUAAGGAGCAUGUCCGACGCUGGCCAUUCCAGUGAAUGCUGAGUCAGACUUGUGAUUGAUGUAAAAGAGGCAACUGGGUCGCGACUGGCCAGUUUCAGUCAUAGAAAUUACUGCCUGGCAUGGUCGUUUAACUGUUGUGGUGAUCGUUGGAAGGUGCAUGGUGGAACGCACUUGCGUGCACUGCGUCUGUGACCGCCGCUCACGCGACUGGGAACGAAGACGUUGGCAUUAUUGGUUCCCGGAGGACUGAAAACUGAUAAUAGCGGCACACAUUGUGCUGACUUGGGUGCAUCAGACUAAGGCGUGAUUUCGAGAUCAGAGAUGAUCACUCAAUCGGUCUUGGCAGUGAGGGUCGAUGUCUGCGGAAUACUAGCGGAUGACGUGCUGACCGGAUAACAUUCACUGAUUCUGUUAGCAUGGUUGACAAUUUUUUCUAAAGAAGUGCUUGUAUCCAACAUAACCAAGACCUCUUGCAUGGGAACUGGCAACUUAUCUAACCAUAUUUGCCGGAAGAUUGCGUCGUCCAUAUGGCUACCGGCAAGCAACGAACGCAUUUGUCGCAUAAGCUGUGAUGUGUUUGGUCACCAAUUUCCCCUUGCGCAAAAAGUUCCCGCGGCAUCCGGUUUUCCGAUUUAACCGCACACUGGAUCACAGCGUCCUUUAACAGACUGUCAAGUUUGUUGGCAGGAAUCGGAUGUAUGAGGUCCUCAAAAUCAACGGUAACACCGAAUGGAAGACUCUGCGUCACUUAUGAAUAUCGAGUACAUUCACUAUUGAUAGGGCUUGUCGAGAAAACAGCCUCAAUUUGCCGAAACCAUACGCGAGGUUUGCUCAGCGUGAAUGGAGCCAUUUAAAGGUGAGGGCGUUAACGUCUAGGGCCUAUGGGCAUCGCUGGAAAGCCUUUUCGGUGCCCAGGAACCCCUCAUCGCCCUCCACAACCAAUUUUGCCUCCGCACACAACUGCCCGGUGAAAAGGCGGACUCCUACCUAGACGCCCUCUUCAGUCUCGGUAGCAGGGUCUUCCCGGACUCCCAAGUCUCUGACCAGGUCUUCUUACGAUUCGUGGGCGGUCUCCGUUCAGAAGACAUCAAACGGGAGUUUCGCAUCCGACCCCCUGCAAACCUUCUCACAGCCCUACAAACGACAAGGAUAUUCGAGUCCGCCCCACCACAACAAGAACCUCGCCGUGCUCCUAGCAGUCCCCAGGGGCAACUCAGACUAUCCGAUCGAGGACCGUCUUUCUCUCGUGCGACCAACAACACGAACGACUGCUGGUACUGACAGCAGUUCAAGGAUCGUGCUCGCAAGUGCGGUCACAACAACCCUGCCGGUAAGACCCCUCCCACUAUCUUGCCCUCUAUUUCCUCCUCGCUACCCACAGAUCUCCCGCUGACAGUCACUGGCACACUUGAUGGAACCCCCGCCACCGUACUUAUUGACACUGGCGCCAUACGGUCUGUGUUGCGGUCUCCCCAUAUUCCCAUUACACACUCCCCUCCUUCAGACAUUCAGUUAGUCACAGCUGAUGGUUCACCCCUGCGUUGCACUGGCACACGGCAAGUAUCCAUUGUCCUCCCCAUCUGCACUGCCGUACAUCCCAUGCUAGUCUCCCCGGACAUUAGAGUUGACGCCAUUGUCGGGUUAGACUUUCUCCGCGCCCACCAGCUUAUCAUCGACCCCAACAACCCGGCUGCAGUUCUGAUUUCCAGAUCAGCCAUCUCCAACAUCUCCGUGGAUGUCAGUACGCUAGACACUACCCCACCAAACGAACCGACGUCCAUUGACGAUCUGUUGACCCGCCAAGAAAUCCCAGUCACCUACCUCCGUCGCCUAAAGGAUACCCUUCUCCCAUUCCAGAGCGUGUUCACCUGGGCUGGACAACCGAUCGGGCGCAGUGGACUGGUUCAGCAUGCCAAAUACACUGGUACCGCCGCACCACAACGGCAACCCGCUCGCCGAAUACCCAUCCAUUACCAAACGGAGCUUAACAGCAUAAUUUCAGACCUCCUUGCGCAGGGUAUAAUUGAACCCUCCAACUCCCCGUGGGCUGCCCCGGUUACGCUUGUUAAGAAAAAGAACGGACACCUACGGCUAUGCAUCGACUAUCGCCAGUUGAACAAAGUCACCGUGCGCGACUCGUUUCCGAUCCCGCGUAUUGAUGACACUAUCGACGCAUUAGUCGGUGCGUCUUGGUUCGCCAGCCUCGACCUCUCUCAUAGUUACUGGCAGAUAGAGGCCCGACCGGAGCACCGGGUCUUGCGAAUGCCACAGCCACGUGUCAAAGGUUGAUGCAGUUCGUACUGAGAAACCUAUUACCACAGUCCUGUCUCGUCUAUUUGGAUGACAUUAUUAUCCACGGCAAGUCCGUCAGCCACCUCCUCCAAAACUUGAGCCUAGUACUCCAAGAGUUACAGGCAGCAGGACUUACGAGUAACCCCAAGAAGUGCCAUUUCCUACAACGACAAGUGACCUACCUUGGACACGUAGUAGACGAAACUGGCAUCACCCCUGAUCCGGAGAAAAUUCGGCAGGUACUCGACUGGCCGACACCACAAUCACAAACGGAUGUACGGUCCUUCUUGGGAUUGGCUUCCUAUUACCGUCGUUUCAUUUACGGUUUCGCGAAUAUCGCCCUUCCGCUACAUCGCUUAACGGAAAAGGGUCGUUCUUUUGUGUGGACGGCAGAAUGUACACAAGCCUUCUUAACCCUCAAAAACGCUCUAACUUCCGCCCCCAUCCUUGCGCUCCCAGAUGGUGGCGUGCAAAGCCCACCCUUCAUCCUCGAUACUGACGCCAGCGGAUUUGCUAUUGGCGCAGUCCUCAGCCAGAUCGCUGCGGAUGGACAUAAACACGUAAUAGCGUACGCCAGUCAAUGUUUGGACAAGGUGCAACGGCAUUACAGUACCACACGGCGGAAAAUGCCAGCCCUCGUCACCUUUGUCAAGAAAUGCCGACACUUGCUGCUCGCUAAACACUUCAUCGACCGCACCGACCACCAAGCCCUCAAAUGGCUCCGGAAUUUUAAGGAUGCAGAAGGACAAGUCGCCAGAUGGCGGGAGCUAAUUGAAGAAUUUGACUUUGAAGUUCAAUAUCGCCCUGGGAAACGUCACAAUAACGCCGACACUCUCUCCCGUCCACCACUCCCCCCGACGAGGACACCGAACGACGCCUUUCCUGUGGCAGCUAUCCAAAUAUCACAGGCAGCUCAGGAGCAAUGGGCUCAAAUGCAAGCGUCCGAUCCCAAUGUAUCCCUCAUCUAUGACCGCCAGUUACAUGGAUCCCCUAAACCCACCGCCCGCGAAAUGGAGAGCCUCAGCUGGGAGGCCCAUUGUCUCUGGUCUAUGUGGCCCUUCCUCCGUCUAAUCGACAACAUCUUGUUCUUCCAGCACCACCCCUCUCUUCCCAACCGUCUAGUGGUCCCUCGCACUCUUAGGCCCCAAGUCAUCCGUGCUACCCAUGAAGAACUGGCACAUUGCGGCCAAGCCAAGACACUCGCCGCGGUUCGUCAACGAUAUUGGUGGCCCGAUGAGCGACGCGACGUAGUUUCUGUCUGUCAGACGUGUCAAACUUGCGCUCAAAUCAAGGACCCUGUAGUCCGUCCCCGGGCGCCACUGGAACCAAUGUCGGCAGGCUUUCCCAACCACCGCAUCGGCUUAGACAUCAUCGGACCUUUAUUUCAGACUAAGAAAGGCAAUCGCUUCAUUUUGGUUAUCGUCGACUAUUUCACGAAAUGGUGCGAAACCAUCCCACUCCCAAACUCGGAAAGUUUAACUGUGGCAGCGGCUCUAGUCGACCACUGGAUCGCUCGCUAUGGGUCCCGCUACAUCAUCCACACGGAUCAAGGAACCGCCUUCGAAAACUACCUAUUCCGUGCCCUAUGUCACCUUCUCGGCAUAGUCAAAACGCGCUCCUCACCUUUCCACCCAGCCGGGAACGGUCAGACGGAACGCACGAACAAGACUCUCGUGGCGUUCCUCCGCAGCAUGGUUGAUCAGUCCCGUGCAGAUUCCUGGGACGAUCUUCUUUUGGCCUACCGCGCCACCAUUCACUCCUCCACUUCAUUUAGCCCCCACAUGAUGCUUUUCGGACGCGACCUGCGCCUCCCGUCUGACGUAACUAUCCCACACGGCACCCCGGAAAUAGCACAACCACACCGGUAUCUCGAGCAGCUCAUUGACUCCCUACAAACCAUCCACACCACAGCCAGAACGAAGCUUCAGGCUGCACACUCCCACCAGAAGGAUUAUUAUGACCAUCUGGCACACGGAAAUCAAUACGAACCCGGCGACCGUGUUUGGUUGCACAACGACCAACCCCCCGCCGGGUAUGCCAGUAAGUUUCAUCGUCAGUGGUCUGGACCCUAUAUCGUCCUUCGACCGCUCUCAAAUUCCGUCUGCCGCAUUCGCGUAGAAUCUGAUCCCUUCGGCCGGAUUAUCCAGGUGCAUUUCAAUCGGCUCAAACCAUGUUUAUCAGAGUAUCAGCCCUCCCAACACCCCGUUCCAUCGACCUCCCACCCGACCACAUCCCUCACCACCCUUUACACUCCACCAGCACCCCGCAACGUCAUUCUUCGUACAACUCGCGCUGAGGACAGCGCUCAAUCCUGA